CUUCUUUAAUUCAGUUUGAAUUAAGUCUGAAUUAAAUUAAUUCUGUUUACCACAGUCUGAUGUUCUGGACUGACUGGGGGGACCGAGCGGCCGGCGUUUACCGGAGCUACAUGGACGGGACCAACGUGUCCUGCAUCGUGUCCGAGGGCGUCCGCUGGCCCAACGGCAUCACGGCGGACGACCACUGGCUGUACUGGACCGAGGCCUACAGCGACCGCAUCGAGAGGGCCGACUUCAUGGGGGGCCAAAGGAGCGUUCUCAUGGAGGGGCUGCCCCACCCGUACGCCAUCGCCGUCUUCAAGAAUGACCUGUACUGGGACGACUGGUCCAGAAUGGGGAUCUUCAAAGCUUCAAAAGCUGGUUCUCAGAGCAAUGAGCUGAUUGUGGGCAGACUGACCGGAGUCAUGGACCUGAAGAUCUUCUAUAAGGGCAAGAACCGAGGUCAUAAUGCGUGCGCCGACCAGCCGUGCAGCCUGCUGUGUCUGCCUCAGCCCGGCCACAGACACACCUGUGUCUGCCCCGACGGAGCCCCGACUGUUUCCAUGCCCAACGGAGAGCUGCAGUGCCAAUGUCCCACCGGGUACCAGCUCCAAAACAACACCUGCGUCAAGACCGAGCACAGCUGUUUGCCCAACCAGUACCGCUGCUCCAACGGCCGCUGCAUCAGCAGCAUCUGGAAGUGUGACAGCGACAACGACUGCGGCGACAUGAGCGAUGAGCAGGAGUGUCCCACCACGACCUGUGACCCGUCCAAUCAGUUUCGCUGCAUGGCCUCGGGUUCCUGCAUCCCGCUGGCCUUCAAAUGUGACCAUGAAGACGACUGUGGAGACAACAGUGAUGAGGAGCACUGCGAGUCUCACCAGUGCGGCCCUGGAGAAUUCACAUGUGCACGAGGUGUUUGUAUCCGCGAGGCGUGGCGCUGCGACGGAGACAAUGACUGCAGAGACUGGUCAGAUGAGGCCAACUGCACAG